AGUGAAACGUCAACAGCUUCACCAGCACUCCGAAGUUAGUAGUUUCAAACUGUCAGGAAAGUCGACAUAUAACACAGUAAUCGAUCAUUAGAGCAUGUUAAAGAGCUUAUUAUAAGUUAAUUGACAAACAGUUUAAAGUAUGUUUCGGAACUGGGGAGCCUGGCUCGGGAUAGAAAACGAAAAUGGCCCCGUUAAAGAAGAAGACGACUCUGUUGUUGAUGUUAAUGAAGACAAGAAUCAGGACAUAAACAAACCGACUGUUGUGACUGCAGAAAGUGAGCCGAUCAAUGCUGGAAAAGAAGGUGAUGAACAACCUCAGCUUCUCCAGAAAGCUAAAGGCUUCAGUGGUUACAUUUAUAAUUUCGCCAGCAGUGCCUCAAAGAAACUGUCCGAGUCCGUCGUCGAAACAGCACAAACCCUGAAGAAAAGUGUGGAGGAGGGAAAGAUCAAUGGAAUUAUUGAUAAGACCAUUCUGGGUGAAUUCCAGAAAGAACAGGAAAAAUUUGUUCAGGAGAAAAAAUCUAAAACAUUUAGUGCUGCUGUGCCACCAUGGGUUGGUUAUAAUGAAGAGGACACCAUACAGCAGCAGAUUUUGGCUCUCUCAGCUGACAAAAGGAAUUUUUUGCGAGAUCCUCCCGCUGGGGUGCAAUUUCACUUUGACUUUGAGCAAAUGUAUCCAGUCGCCAUGGUGAUGUUGGAAGAAGACGAGCUCCUUCGGAAGAUGCGCUUCCAUCUGGUCCCCAAACAAGUGAAAGAAGAAGUCUUCUGGAAGAAUUACUUCUACCGUGUGUCCUUGAUAAAACAGUCAGCUCAGCUCACAGCUCUCGCAGCACAACAGGCGGCUGAGAAGAGAGACGGGGAGAAAACUGGCACCGCUCCCGACACUGUUCAUCAAAAGGAUGUAGUUAAACGGAAAACUCCUGCUGUCUGCAGCACCAAACCAAAGUCCAGGGAGGAAGACGAAGAGAUCUCCACCAGCCCGCCUGUGUCUGAAUUCGUGAGUGAUGCUUUUGACUCCUGCAAGAUAAAUGAGGACGACCUACGCAAAGAGAUGGAACAGCUGGUGCUGGACAAGAAGGGACAAAAAAGCACUCAUCAGGAGGAGACUCCUGACUGGGAGAGAGAGCUGCAGGAGGAGCUUCAGGAGUACGACGUGUUGGCUGAUAAUGAGAACCGUGAUGACAACUGGGACAGGGAGAUUGAAGAGAUGCUAAUGGAGGACAGUAAGAGCACUUAGACGAGCUCCACCAGCCUUAAGUGUGUGAAGGACACAUUUUAAAUUCAGAAACAGCUCAUGAUUACAGAUUUAAUGCUCCCAGCGGGAUGAUUCAUCGCUGUAUCAGUCCUCUAAGAACUCUCAAGAUGCAGAAACACCACUGAACGUCUAACAGUUCACUGUACUAUUUCUGUGGCCUGAAAGUUUUAUGAGUAAAUAUUUAGUAUUGUAAAGAAGAGAUACUGUCCCACAUCUCAAGUUCAUAAUGUGAUACUGAGGUACACCUCCACAGAGGGCUGAAACUUUGCCUCAGACUUGGCCUCGGGAACUAAAGCGAGACUAUGAAACUUUUGCUGACAGUGGCCAUUGUUGACUCGAGUGGUAAUUACAGGAUAAUGGUAAAUGUAGAGUAGAGAGGAGUCACAAUAUCAGCAUACUGACUCAGUGGUGUCUCUUGCACAGUAAUAUCUGCCUGAAGUUUGCUUCCAGUAGCUAACAUUAGCCUCCAUAAGCUAAUGGUCAAACUAGAUUUGAGUACCAAGCUGUAGCACCAAAACCAGUGAGUUUAUUGAAACUGUCCAUUUGUUAAUUGAAUAUAAACAGGACCUGUUAUGCUCAUGUUCACGUUCAUACUUGUCUUUUGGGUUUCUACUAAAACGUGUUUACUAGAGGUGGGGGAAAAAUCUAUAUAGCAUAGUAUCGCGAUACUUUUGUGUGGCAAUAUCAUAUUGUCACAUAGUGCCAAGAAUCAAUUAUUUUAUUAUAUAGAUUAUUAAUAUUACAAAUACAACUUAAAAUGUAGGUAUCCUGCUAGAAUAACAUAAUCAGCUGCUGAUCAUGCUUUGUCACUUCACUACAUACAUGUUGCUGCUGCAAAAAAAUGACUGAAGUGAGAUGAACCGACUGAAAAUUUUAUCCUAUACGAGAAGACAGAUGUUGACCAAGUUUUCCUUUGGGGACAUAAUUCAUGGUUGAAAAAUUAUGAUAAAUCACAAUAUAUUACAAUAUAAUUUACCCCAAUACUCAAUAUAUUGAAACAUAUUCAAAAUCGUCGAUCCUCUGGUGAUUCCCACCCCUACAGUUUACAUGUUUUAAUGCUCAAAAAACACUUUAUUUUCCUCCUACUGUCUGUGCUUAAACAUUUGCUUUGUUGUAGUGCCUGUCUCUUUAAGGCCCCAUCCCGAAAAAGCCCAGUCUGCUCUGAUUGGUCAGUGUUAACAGGUCUUCCGCAGCCUUAACAAGUAGAUAUAGCUGCCACCAUGAGUCCACAAUGAGCUCCCUUCAGUCCCAAAGUGGAAGCCCUCAAGAAAAUGCUAAAUUAGCUUUUAGCUAGCAAUGAAGUGAAGGUUAAAAGAGAGGCUGUUAAGGUUAGGGUGAGAGUAAUCUUGACAUCUUGUUACUUAUAGGGUGAAUCACGUCAUGAAUAUAUAGCAAAUGUAUAAAGUGGAUUAUUGCUCUGUUUGGCCUCAUAUUUAUUCACUACAACGUUGUGUUGUAGCACAAUUCAAAUAACCUCAGCGUGUCUGCAUCGUCAUUGCAGCCGGGGAGAAAUUGUAACAGAGUUUAGCUAAACUUUCUAUUAUGAAAAAUCAAAAAUAAAAGCUUCUAAAUACAAUCAGAAAUGUUCCAGCACGAAUAUGGUCUGCAAUCGGGGAGAAAUUAACAACAUGUGAUGUAAACGCUUGCAGUCGGGUGCGUUGAGUAUUCAGAACAGUCUGAACCUGAGGUCUUUGCUUACAGGGCUAAUUUUACAUACAUUUACCUCAUUGUUUGAAACUUAUGCCAUGUUUAUUACGUACACCUGGCACUGUGACAUUAUAUAUAUAUCAUAAAAUACAGCAAAGCAUAACACAUCCCCUUUAACUGUUAGUUUUGGUAGAAGAAGAAUGAGCUGUCAAAAGCUACAUAGUCUCGCUUUAAAGAUGCAUUUUUGCAUAUUUAAUCUAUUAAAAUAUGAUAUUUCACUUCCAGAGGAAGUUCAUGUUACCAGUAUAUUUUCUAUCCUAUGACUGAGCCACCUCUUUUUUUUGUAAAUGGAAAUGAUGCUAUAAUGUUUGCUAAUAAGCAACAGCCUAUUUGAAACAACUUUUUGAAGCCUGUUGAAAGUACAUUAUGGUGUAAAAUGUAAAACACAGUGUGCGUCAUACCUGUGUAUUUUUUCUAAAUAAUAACAUGUAUGACUGAACAUAUAUAUUUGUAUGUGAUCAGAUGCAUUGUCUCCACAUGCUCUCAUGUACUGUAGAGGCUGAUAUAAUGCAGACUGAGGAGACGUCAGCUCACACAAGCUUUCUGUUUACACCAGAAUUCAUUCAGGAAAAUAAACCAAAACCCACCGUGUGUUUAAUGUCUAUAUUUACUGUGUAUGCAGACCUCAGUGUAGUGUUACAUUUUCAUUAAAACUUCAUUUAUUACUGUCUGAAA